AAAGUCGCAUGAGAGAGGGGCUGGGACCUAGAGACAGCAAAGAACAGAGGAAGUGAACAUAAAUUCAAAAACGAUAGUAGUAUUAUAGAAUGGGAGAAGUAGUUUUGUUUAUGGAGGAAUUGAAACCAUCUUCUGCAACAGUCGCUUCGUGCAGAAUCUGUCAUGGAGACGAAGAAGAAGAGUCGCAGGAGAGCUGCAAAAGCUUGGAAGUCCCUUGUGCUUGUUCUGGAACUCUUAUGUUUGCGCAUAGAGAUUGCAUACAAAGGUGGUGUAACCAAAAGGGCAAUACAACUUGUGAAAUCUGUCUACAGAAAUUUGAACCAGGGUACACAACUCCCCCGAGGAAGUCCCAGCUGAUUGAUUCCAUUGUCACCAUCAGGGGAAGCUUGGAAGUUCUAAGAAGAGAGCAAGAGCUACAACAUCCAGGAUUAGUACCCACGGUGGAAGCCGAGGGCCGAAUGCUUGAAACAAACAACUCCUCAGAGGGUUCGUCUGCCCCCGAUUGGAGUGCCAUUUGGUGCAGAUCACUGGUUCUCGUUUUAACAUUUCUGCUGCUAGCUAGACACCUACUUCUUGUACUUUCCACCGUAGGAAUGAAAGAUUUCCCCUUCACAUUUGUUACCUUGAUUGUUUUAAGGGCUGGUGAGAUUCUUCUCACUGUGUACUUGCUCGUCUGGGUAAUGAUGGCGAUCAGAAACAACAUCAAGCGUCAACAUUAGGAAACUGGUCAUCGCACAUCACCCUCAGAAUGGAAGAUGAAGAGGAUGACAUCACAGUUUUUUUUUUUGGAGGAAGGCAAUAUAUUCCUUCAAUGUAUGUUAAAGAAUUAGUGAGUUACUAAUGGUCAAUCUUCUCCUUUCUCUUGUAGUAAUUGACUUAGAAAAAAACCAAAAAAGAGUUACUAACGGUCAAGAGCGUACCUUUGACCUGGACAAACUUAACCAAGCAACCAUUCAACUAGCCCGGCUUGGGAGUUCGAGAAUCACAAAAUUGAAUGGAUUACUCUCUUUACCAACAUUCCACCUGCAAUUAGAGAAUGAUGGAGUCUACAUGCCGAAAUGUUCAUGAUUCCCCAUUUCUUGUUGGGGAAAAUAAAAUACAUUAGAGGAACGCAAAAAAGUCAACUCUGGUUUCCUUUCCCCCUUUAAAACAGUGAUUACACCAUGUACAAUCCACAACCAUUCAUGCAGGUCGUUUGCAUUUUGUAAUUAAAAUACAGAAUCGCACUCCAUUAUCAACCAAAGUGGUAGAGUAGUUGGGCAAGGACGAAAGUUUGUUGGUUGGAAUUUCAUAUCAAGUAGUUGCAAUCUCUCCAAUGUUACAUGCGCCCUGAAAUCACAUCACAAGGGCAUGUACCAAGCAAAAAGGUUUCUCAGUUGCGGUUGUUCAAUUCCUGGGAAUUAAUAGCGAAUAGUCACAUCUCUCCCAUGGGACAAAAGAAAGCCUCUUGAAACUACAAUCUCUCAAGUGGAGUAAAAUAUAUCUGAUUUAUACUCCUGGUGUCUCAGACUGAGGGCCCAGUGCAGUCCUAUUUUGGGCCAUAUCAUUGUGGUUGUCCCUUCAACUAAUAGAGAAGAAACAAGCUCCAAAGCCAUCAUCCAUCCACGUUGAUUUGGGUUUGAGAAAAUUCUCAAAAAAUACCACAUUGUAACUGUACAAGAGCCGAUGCAGGUAGACAUGAAUAACAACUGUUCUAGCUUUGCUUCAGAAGCAGCCUUGCUCUAUGCUGCAGUUCAUUCAGUGAUCUGUUAUGUAUUGUCUCAGCAGACUUGUGGCAAUUCAUAUUCGAUGUGACUUUACUUAAAUCUUGGAUAAGACCGGCUACUUUGACUUCCCAACGUUGAAUAGCCAAUUUGUCCUUCAACCCUUUCCUGUUUUUGCCAUACAUUCCUUCAAACUCUUGAGACUUGGCAGCAGCUUUGUAAAGUACAGCAUCGGGAAGUCCUGAAAUGAUGCUAGUAAGAACCUCAUUUUCAUUUUGUAGUAGUAAAGUUGCUGAAAUACAGCAGCAACUCAAGAUGAAUUCAACACAAAAUUAGGUUUAUAACAAGAGAAAUGCCCCACGGAUUACAUCUUCCUGCCACAUAAUGAUAAGCAUUCGCAAUCUCCAAAGACCACAAUUUUACAUCGAA